UUUGAAUAUGUAUAUAUAUAUUUUUUCUGUGACCGAAAUAGUCUCCAGUAGGGGAUCUUCCUUUUCGCACGUCGCCGGAAUAUUCCGCCGUCGGAGAAGGAUCUUCGCCUCCACUUGGUUAUCUCGGAAUUUUUAGUUAUUUAAUUGCCCUUGCUCAGUCCGUUUGUUGGAGCCGCACGGUAUUUAUGGGAGUUGUUACUGCUUCUAGUUCUGCUGCGCGGACUCCAUGGGGACUGACUGCAGGAUAUCUGAUUCGCGCCUCUUCAUCGAAAAGGCCAACUGUGUUGUCACUCAAAAACGAUACAAGCAAGAAUGUAGCUCUAAUAGCAACAGGAGAAUCUGCAAGUACACACGCGGAGGCAAACAAAGAAAAUAAAGGGAGUAGAAGGAAGCUGAAAAAUCGAGCCAAAAGAGUCAAUGCUGUCUCCACUGACGAAAUCUUUGCCAGUGCUAUGGAUAUGGAUUUGAAUUUGAAUGAAGCAGCUGCAAAACUGGAAUAUAUAUAUGAAAGAAGUCCUGAAGCAACUAUCUCUGUUCAGGAUGUCAAAAGCCAGAAGGUAAAGAGAGCGCAAGAAGGAAGGAAAUGGUGUGGAGAAGCAGAGAAGAAAACGGCAGACAACGUGGUAAGGAGUCGAACAACUAAAGAGAAAAGGUUGAGUCUAGAGAAGAGAAUUGCUCUCAAAAUGAAGAAAGAAGGCAAAGUUCCAGUGUCAUCAUCCCUUCAAGGGAGUCAGUCGAAAGCUUGCAAUGACAACACUGAUAGGCUUGUAAGGGACUAUUCAUCUUCUACUGGCUUGGUCAGCUUAGACUGGAAGAAAAUGAAGAUCCCUCCCGUUCUUCCUUCAUCUGAGCAUACUCGGCUGUUUAAGCUUAUGCAACAAGUCAAGGAAAUCCUCCAAGUCAAGGACAGUUUGCAAAAUGAUUUAGGAAGAGAAGUUACACGUGAAGAGUUAUCAGAGGCAACGCAACUGGGACCUGUUGAGCUGAGGAAACAAUUGGAAGUUGGUAGAGCUGCCAGAAACAAGUUAAUUAAGCACAACCUCCGGUUGGUUUUGUUUGUGAUGAACAAAUAUUUUCCGGACUAUGGUAAUGGCCCUAGGUUCCAAGACAUGUGCCAAGCUGGUGUGAAGGGUCUCAUGACAGCUAUUGACCGUUUUGAGCCAAAAAGAAAGCUACGUCUCUCAACAUACGGCCUCUUUUGGAUUAGGCACGCCAUUAUUCGGUCCUUGACGUUGUCCAGCUUCACAAAAGUCUCCUUUGGCCUUGAUUCGGUCCGGGUGGAUAUCCAAAGGGCAAGGCUAGAGUUGUCAUUUGAACUUCAAAGAUUGCCAACCGAUGAAGAAAUUAUAGAUCGACUGGGGCUCUCCGCCGAAAGAUACCGCGAAGUGAUGAGGGUGUCAAAGCCCGUCUCUUCCCUUCAUGCACGGCAUGCAGUAACCCAAGAAGAAUUCAUCAAUGGGAUUACUAAUGUGGAUGGUGUUGAAGGAGAUAAAAGAAGACCGCACGCACUUCUCAGACUUGCUUUAGAUGAUGUGCUCGAUUCACUGAAGCCUAAGGAGAGUUUAGUGAUUAGACAAAGAUACGGACUCGAUGGUAAAGGAGAUAGAACACUUGGAGAAAUUGCAGGUAACUUAAAUAUUUCACGAGAAAUGGUGAGGAAGCAUGAAGUGAAAGCCCUCAUGAAGCUGAAGCAUCCUGCUCGAGUCGACUACCUUCGCUGCAACAUUUUCAAGUGAACCAACACUGCGUUCACUGAAUACUUAUUAUGUAUACUGUAUAGCAAUCAUCUGUAUCAUAGCUUAACAUUAGACACACAUACAGACAAGACAAGACCAUACCCGUUAACACGAUCAAUCCAUUUUUCUGUGGAAUAAGAGCCACAGACUUCAGGCA